AAUACGAGUACUCUGACGUUAGUCUACAACAUUCUUGUCGCCACGAAGGUUGUCAGUGUUGCUGUAUUGCGUUUCGAGUUUCGUCUUUCGUCGGAUUUACGUAGAAAAGGAUGGUUUUAUUAGUUUAUCAUUGCCGCGUGCUUGUUCCUCCUCAUUUGAAUCCGAAGUUUUCAGUUUCUGUUUUUUGUUAAUACGUAUCUUGCAUUUUCGUUAUCGCCGGAAUGAUAAUUUAUGCGGUUGCUGCUCUUCAUUUAACUUAUCGACAACUUCGAGCGCGUUAAAAAUUUAUUCCUGUGAUAUUUUUUAAAUUAUUGAAAUACUUACGUAGGUGCGUGGAAAAAGUAACGUGUCUGUUAUGAUCAUUACAUUCGCAACGUGAAAUUUUGGCGGCUUUUUUCAACUGUUGCGAACAUUUGUGUAUUUACUUAUUAUGAAAAAUGAUCCAGCAUUUGAGUUUGUUGUGUUUGUUCAUUUCCGGUAGCUUUCCAAUUAUUAUGGGUAUUCAGUCAAAUUAAACUUCGUAAAAACCUGAGCAGAUCGAUUCUGAACCCUGUAAGCAAUGGCAAACGUCGCUGGAAUUCCAGAUCAAGAUACAGCAGGAACGAUGUUCAUUUUAUACAGUGUGUCCACAUUAGAAGAUAUAGCUGCCCACACAGUAGCUCUGCAGAUAUGGCUACAUUACAUCGGUAACGAAGAAUAUAAAAUAAAAGGGCUGGCAAAGUAUCAUACGAGUAGAUUUUCCGAAGCUUUUAAUCUGGAUUUCAACUACGGUGAUAGAUCUCUUGAACUGGUAGAAUCGUUGAAAACACCUCGGCCUAUUACAGAUAUAUUGAAGGAAUCCUUGAAGAACAUUAUUACGGGCAUGGAAAUAUGGUUCCGUCGUAUCACUAGCGAGAUUUUUAAUCAUGAGUUACACAAUUGUAUCCCCAAUACUUUCGAUGCGAAUCACCUCGUUUGGUACCAAAGUGGUGAAAUUAACUUCGAAAGAAGCGCUUCCAAGAUGAUAAUCGAAGGAAAAUUGACAAGUUAUCAACGUUUCAUUAUUAUGUGCGCAUACAGUAUGGCUGAUGAAAUAGAAAGGUUUCCUAUGUCUUCGCUUGGAAGGAUUUUCAUUGAGAUCGCUUUUGAUCGCUAUGAAUUGAUGUAUUGGAUUUCUUACCGUCGAAACGAGAUGCAUGAUUUGGUGCAUUAUAUGGUGCGAAAAUUCUCCUAUAUGCUUCACCGUGAAGAAUAUACUUCGAUCGAUGUCAUUAUGGCCACUUUGUGUACCAAUGAAAUUCAAGCUUCGCCCCAUGCCUUAGAGUAUUUUUGGAACCGUUUGAAUAAAGAUGAACAAGUACAUGUUGCUGCUAGAAUCUUACCUAAAUCGCCGGAAUAUCAGAAAAUCAUCCUUACGAACAUGUCACCGUUUCAACAACGUCAGCUGGUUACUCUAAUUCCCAGCGAAUUGAUGAUAAAUUUUUUUUUGAGCAUGAAUAUGCCGGAGAAUGCAUUUACAGUCUGGACAUUGGCAAAAGAUCAAAUUACCGAGCAAGGAUUUGCAGAAUUUCUUAAGAAGGUGAUUUUCGUCCGCAAACGUUUCGAGUUAAACCGAAAGAUAUACAAACCAAGGUGGGCGAUGAAAUCGUGUUGCCUUGCGAAGUAGAUAACCGUGCUGGCGAAGUACAAUGGACCAAAGACGGAAUGGCAUUAGGAUAUGAACGAGUGAUUCCUGGUUAUCCAACCUAUAGCAUGAUUGGCACCGAAGGAGUUUAUAAUUUAAAAAUUCAGAAUGUAUCUCUGAGAGAUGAUGCUGCUUUCGAAUGCCAAGUUGGACCAACGUUAUAUCCAAAUAAACAGCCAGGCUUGAGAGCACCAGUCAAAGUUGAUGUGUCUUCGCCUCCUUCGUCAUUGGAAAUGUUCAAUUUUGCAAAUAACUCCAAGGUUACCGCACGGGCAGGGGAUGAAUUAAAAUUGCAAUGCUUAGCUAGAAAUUCGAAGCCGCCGGCGAAAAUAUUAUGGUACAAAGGAAGAAACGAACUCGAAUCGGGUCACACCAAUGAAGAAAAAAAUUGCCAAAAGAAAAAUGGGACUAAUGCGAUAGAAUGUGAUGUAUUGAGUACGCUGACAAUAAAAAUCAAAUCCAAUGAAUCAUCUUUGCAACUUAGUUGUGUGGUUAAACACGAAGCUCUAUCCAGUAGAAUGUUUUCGACGGCUCAGUUCGUGGUGCAGUAUCCUCCAGAAACUCCAUUCAUUGACGGAUAUCACGAAGGUCAAGAUGUACAGGACGGAGAUCAAAUUAAUUUGACGUGCCGAUCAUCGGGAGGAAAUCCUCCGGCACAUUUGCGUUGGUAUAGGAAUGCAAAUAAAUUGGAAGCUCCGGCGAAUACAGAAAGAGGUAGAAUUUCCGAAAGUUCCAUCUCCAUUGUAGUAAAACCAGAAGACAAUAAUGCAAAUUAUAGCUGCGAAGCUUCGAAUCCUGCGACUGAUGCUCCUCUUAGUACUUCAGUAAAAUUUUCCGUUUUUUUUGGUCCUGCGGACGUUGCAAUAUCUGGAGCAGGAGAGGGAAAGACUGGCGAUGUUGUUAGUGUGACUUGUACGACUACUACAAGUAAUCCACCCGCUGAAAUUGCAUGGACUGUCGAUGGUCAUCAGAACACCAAUGGUGUGUCCACUUAUUCACCGGGUGAUUACGGAGGAAAAAUUACGAUAUCCACGCUUGAAAUUACCAUACCGUCGCAAAAAGAAGAAGUCAAGAUUUCGUGUCUCGGCGCCAAUCCAAAAAUGCCGAAACAAUCUCAACGCGAAAAGCAUAUUCAAGUUCAUUAUCCGCCUGGACAACCAAUAAUCAGUGGUUUUGUUAAAAACGGAUACAUUUUAUCUGAUUCGAAACUUACCUUGACCUGCACAUCUUCUGGUGGAAAUCCCUUGGCUUCGUUGACUUGGUAUAAAAAUAAUAAAAAGUUUUCUGGAGGUACUAAAACAUCAGAUAAUUCAAUGGCGUCCGCAAAUAUCACGUUUAUUACCAAUAAAGACGAUAAUGGAGCUGUUUACAAGUGUGAAGCUGUCAAUCCCACCAUUGAAACACCUUUGAUAGCAACCAUGACUCUGAACGUAUAUUUUCCUCCGGAUGACGUAAAAGUCAGUGUGAUGCCAGAAGAAUUACACGUUGGCACGCAAGCGAAAUUACAAUGUAAUGCAACAGUUAGUAAUCCGAUGGCUGAAAUUACGUGGUGGUUAAAUGGUCUACCUUUGACGGAAGGAAUUACGUAUUCGAAUAAACCUGGUUUACAUGGUGGACAGUUAGCGUUUAGUGAAUUGAUUUUGGACGUGACUGCCGAUAUGAAUGGAAACACGAUUACUUGUCAAGCUACAAACGCUGUUUGGGGUCUUAGUAAAACUUCACAUGCAGAUUUGAAUGUCAAAUAUAAACCGAAGUUUUCUGAAUCCAAUCAUACAAGCGCUACUUUAAAAACUGAAGGCGAAUUUUUCACCGUUUCUUUCGAAGCGAAUGGCAAUCCUUCAGAUAUUUCUUACGAAUGGAAAAAAGACGGACAUUCUUUGAACUCUCAUCGCGGUUCCACGUUAGCCAUCAGAAAUGUCAAAAAAUCUGAUGGUGGUUUUUAUACAUGUCAGGCUACUAAUUCUGAAGGUUCUUCCGAUUUCAUUUCGUUCAGAUUAGUGGUGAAAUAUGGUGCGAGUAUCACCAAUAUUUCACGAGUGGUUGUUGCAAGUAACUUUUCUGAUGUUGAAAUGUGGUGUACAGUUGAUGGAAAUCCUAUAGAAUCGCACCACGUUUCAUGGAUUGGACCGCGAGUCGUCGGGUUACUUGAUAGAAUGCAAAUUAAUUUUGAUAACAAUACUUCGAUUUUGAAAAUUACCAAAGUUACCCAUCAAGAUACCGGAUUUUACUACUGCGUUGUUAAUAAUACUAUAGGUCCUGUCAUAAACGACUCUGUGAGACUGAUCCUUGAACACUCUCCGGUUACCGAAAAUCGACCUUUCAAUUAUACGAGUAAAAUUGCCUGUGAUUAUGGUAAAACUGCUCAUCUUACGUGUGAAGCUUCUGGUGUUCCGGAAUUGUACUUCAGCUGGUCAAAAAAUAAUGACGCUAAAGAAAUAUUGAAAAGUAGUUCUAAAUAUUCGGUGGAUAGAAAUAAAUUGGAUUUGUUGAACUAUACUUCCACACUUACGAUCAACAACGUAACGAUUAAAGAUUAUGGAAUUUACACCUGUACGAUAAAAAAUAAACUGGGCUCAGCGAAAGUUGUUUUUGAGCUAUUGGUCAAAUCAAAACCAUACGCGCCUAUUGAGUUAAAACUAAUUAAUACAACCCACAAUUCUUUGACAAUAUCGUGGGCAUUGGAAUUUGACGGUGGUGAACCCACAUCGUUCAAUAUCAGAUAUUACGAUGCUAGAGACGGAGAUAGUCCAAAAUAUCACGAUGCUGAUGUAGGCAAUGUUACCACGUAUACUAUUACUGGAUUGCAAUCCGGCGUGAUGUACAUUUUUGACGUUAAGGCUCUCAAUAGGAAAGGUGAAAGCAGUUACUCUUUCGUGAAAUUGAACUGCACAACUAUGCUUGCUGGAAGUAAAUUGAUCGUGGAAUUACCCGUGGAUGGCGAAGGUUUAAUUUUGAUCGUUGCGGCUGGUAUUGGAAUAUUGCUAAUUUGCUUGAAUAUCUUCAUCGUUUUGGUUUGCAUGUGGAAAAAAUCUAAGAAAGUGAAAAAAGGUUUGACCGAUGAAAAUGGAAGAAAACCUAGUACAAUAGAAAUGUAUGGUCCGGGUAGUCGAAACAGUACAGAUUUGAGUGGACGGGUUGAAACGGUGAGUUCGUCCUUACCAUCUGAAAAAACUGUUCGUUUUUCAAUGUCGGAAGAAACUAACAGAUAUCACAUCACUGAUGAUCAGACUGAUGUACCAUACAUUAUAGAAGAUAUCAACUAUCCAUUCAUCGAAAAUGGCGAUUAUGAGUUGCAAAGGCGACACAGCACCAAAGAUUUACUUUCGCAAAAGUUAUAUGGAAAUGCUUAUGAAGGUUAUUCUACUAUCGGACACGGCCAUCACCUAAAACCAAUGGCUCCUCAAUAUAUACCUUACAGCAUCAGUUCCAUGAACUUUGCUCAAUCAACGAUGCCGAAUACCGGCAAACGAAAACAUUUACACGUUCAUCAUGAUGGUUACUAUCGAGAUGUUUCUCCAACACCAACACUUCCACCACCGAUGUCCAAAAGUCUGCUUUCAGAGCAUUUUUUGAAUUUAUGAGCAGACACGUGUUGUUUUCCCCCAAUGAUGAGAGUUCAUCGGAAUAAUUAUUCAUCAGUCUUCCUUACUUAAUGUUAUUACUUGUUAUUAUAAUUAUUAAUUUUAUUAAAAAUCAAUGUUCCUUUACCGUGUAGCUUAAUAUUAUUUUUUCGAGUCUAUUCUUCAUUCAAAAUGUACCUACUUGUAAAUUUUUUUUAUUAUUAUGUCGUUUGUAAAUGUUAUUGAGUCUAACUGAGAUCAUUUUUCGACGCCAUGCGUAUCGUUUGUGAUUUAUUAUUGACUUCUUACUUUCGAUAAUGAAAUUGGUUUAUUUUGGUAAUGAUGACGACAGUUCGAAGUUGUUUUGAAAUGUUGAUUUGUGGAGUGUGAUGUAAAAGUACCUAAUUAAAAUUUCAUGUUACUAUUUUAAUGAUCUCUCUGGUCAUGGGAUUGAAAAUUGAUCUUGUACGUAGCUUAAAAGCGAACUAUUACUAAAUUAUUAUUUUUUUUCUAUUUUGUAUUUGUAAUAUUUUUGUACUUACUUAUUGUAUUAGAGAAAUUCAUUUUGUUACCUUUACGUUCUCAAAGAUCCUGAUUUAUAAGGUUUUUGUUACUCGUACGUUCUGUUCGAUAUGAAAUAUUCCAAUUAAUCAUGUUAUUACUACGAUUUUGUUAUUUUGUUCUCGUGUAAUUUUUGAAAGUAAAAUGUGAUUUUGUACGUUA